AUGGUUAUCGAUCACUUUUUCAAGUCGAACGAGUGUUUCAGCUAUGAAGCGCUUCGCGCGGCGGGUUACAGCAAUUAUGGUGGUGCAGAUCUCGCUGAAGUGAUAGCCAUCUGCUCCAAAAUCCGACCUGGCAACGAAGAUGACUGGGUGCAUGAAUGGCAAAAGGCUGCGGAACGCGCAGUCUCUCACGCAGUGAAGUCAAAAUCCGUGAAAAACUACGAGAGCGCCUAUCAGGGAUACCUUCGUGCAUCGAACUACUUCCGCACUGCUGAAUUUUUCCGACGAGAGAAUGUUGAAGAAGACAACGUUUCGCAGUUUCUCUAUAAAAGCUCGGAGGAAUCUUUUAGAGAGGCCAUGGGAGUCUCUUCGUUCACUUACGAAUCCAUCGCCAUUCCCUAUGAAGGGACAACGCUUCCAGGCUAUUUCGUCAGCCUUGACAGCACGAAGAAGCCACGUCGUACCAUUAUUUUCAAUGGUGGGUAUGACUCGACUAUGAGCGAAGGGUGGUUUGCAAUUGGAGCGGCAGCACUAGCAAGGGGUUAUAAUUUCCUCGCCUUCGAUGGCCCGGGACAAGGGGCGGCUGUCCGGAGACAGCACCUGUAUUUCCGACACGAUUGGGAACAUGUACUUACCCCUGUUGUCGACUAUGCUUUGACUCGGGCAGACAUUGACGCCAAUGCUAUAGCCAUCUUUGGGUGGAGCAUGGGUGGAUAUUUAGUGGCAAGAGCAGCUACGCAGGAACACCGAGCCCGCGCCAUUAUCCUGGAUGACGGCGUCUACGAUUUUGGUUCCGCAUUCCGAACCCAACAGCCUGCGCUUGUUCAAAAACUGGUUGAGCUCGAAUAUGAUUCAACUUGUAACUGGAUCUUUGGCUGGGUACAAUCCUUUUCGACAGGUAUUCGCUGGGGUCUGCGGAAUGGAAAAUGGACCUUUGGAGUGCGUUCCGUCUCGGAAUUUAUGCGGGCAGUUAAAAAUUACACCUUGGAAGGGUUGAGUCAAAAGAUUGUGACACCCUGUUUGGUACUUGAUGCGGAGAAUGAUCAUUUCCUGAAAGGCCAGCCAGAGGACCUUUGCAAAAGUUUGCAAUGUGAGUACGAAUUCGUUAGCUUGCGAGCAGAAGAGGGCGGCGACACCCAUUGUCAUCAAGGUGCUUUCUUUCGGUUGCAUCAAGUCACCUUCGAUUACCUGGAAACCCGCCUUGCGUCGGACGAGGAAAGGACUAGCCGUCUUGUACAUGGGCUUUGA